AAAACGUUCAGAAAGCAAAGUUUAAAAAUAUUUUGACGACUUUCGAAGAAUAAAGAAAAGGAAAAAUGAAAAUUCUUGAAUUUUAAUUGUCUGAAGAGUGUAAAGAUAUGAUUUUUGAUUAUAAAUAGGAAACAAGGAGAGAAAGGGAGAAAAUUGUUUGCUUCAAAGAAAAGAGGAAGGUGGCGAUACAAGGGAAUUGAGAGAUUUUUUCACUAAUCCGGGAGGAAAAAAUUCAUCAAUCGUGGAUUUUCAUAGCGAAGGAGGAACGCGAAACGCGGCCUCACGCAAUCGUAAAACGCGUCGCAAGAAGUCGAGAAAUUCCGCCGGCGACGUCAAGGUGAAAACAAUGACGAGUUCCACGGAAAUUCUCAAGAACGUGCAAAAAAUUGGACAAUAUCCACCGAUUCCAAUGCCGAGUUCAGCGCCUGCAAUUACGAAUCAAAAUCAUCAAUCCGCGCCACCAUUGCGUCCCAGAUCACUUUAUACCGCUCACAGUUAUCAUGACGAGUCUCAUUUUCAGAGAUACAGCGAAUUUUCGAAAUAUUACGAGACCCCACCCUCGGAUCAGUGGGGAGGGGGUGGUGGCGGUGGUGGGGUUGGAACAACAGGAAACAAUGUUUAUUCCUCAACGGCGCUAAAUUGGCGACAGCCAAGAAACUCAAAAUCAAUUCCGUCAACGUAUUAUGCCGCAGAUGAAUCGCCGGCGGCUUGCAUUUACACGGAAAAUUGGCGGGAUCAUGAUAAUGAGCCGAUUGCGGGGGGCGCAAUUGCCACUCCCCACGGGACAAUUUCCCUUCGAUUGCACAAUCGAAUUCGCGUCGAUAUGACAAUUGAUCGCGCCGUUCGUGUCAUUAAUUUCAAGAAUAAUAUUGUCUUGGCAUUGAGUGGAACCGGUGCAGCGGCGGCUCUUUUACAUCCAAACGGAAGAAUUUAUCAAUAUGGAUCGCGCGUUGAAAUUUUAGCUCACGACACUCAUGGAAAUAACAAAUACGCGAAAAUGUGGUACAAGGGCGUAAGUUUUACGUCCGAACAAUGUGCCCUCGUUUAUCUCGUCGAUACCGCAGGGACAAGAACCACGACCGAUUCCUUCUCCGAUAUGAGUCAGGACAUUUCGUUGAGUGUUUUUUACUCGGAAUCGCGACACGGUCCAGCGUGUGUGCAAGAAGCAGCAGCGGCACUAUCGUCGGCACAAUAUUGGCUCACUGACGAGGGUGUCGAAAAUUGGAUCAUCAACAAUGUACGAAUCUCACAAACACCGGAUGGCCUCGUGAGAAUUGCGAGGAACAGCAAUAAAUAUCAAUUGCGAACAUCGCCGAGCAAUGGAACCGCAUCGUUGACGACUCCAUUUUUACAUUGUACAGCUUCACUUGGACAAACGUCGCAUCUUUUUGUACGUCGAGGUGAACGACGAAUGCAUUACGAUGGUACGAGUUUUAUCGUUAGAAAUGCAGGUCACAGCGCUGGAUUUGAUGACAAUAAUCAAUUGAAAGUAUAUUAAAAUAAUCCAUCAAAAAAAAAAA